ACUGGCUGGGCCAACGCUCCCCAUAAUGACCACCGUGUUUCAGGAAGAAGUUGGCGCCUAAAGCCCCGCAUACUGUUAGCUAGUGCGCUAACCGAAACUAUGAAAGAUAUCCAAUUGUAUUGAUUUUUCUGUUUAUCGUUAUUAAGGGAUACCAAAAUGAACGACAUGGAGUUCAACGUUCCCCUUUCCUCACUGGCUCUCCUGGUCCCACCACUGAGGCUGAUGUCUGCUGUGAUGUGGGAAGUAGUGAGGCAGAGGAACAUAAAGCACUAUGGGAAGCUGGAGGAGUUUGUGUCCAUGGUAACAGAUGCAGUUCCUGAACUGAUGAGCAAAAGAGAAGGAAGACUACUCUCCUUGGGCCUGAGAGCAAGGACCACUCUUGAGUUGUUGCGUUCUGAACACCCCGAAGACCUCAAGGCUGUUGAGACCCAUCUUAACCGAAUCCGAUCUUGCAUUGAGGAGACAAAUGAUCCUGUAAUUGAGGCACCAGAGGCGAACUUCAUGAAGCUGGUGCAAGGCCUUAUUGAAGACACCGAUGGCAGAGAACACUUUCUCAAGAAUGUGUUUCCUGUGGAGUACGGCCCUGACUUUGACACAGCUCUCGAGACCCUGGUUUGUGAAUUCUUCACAAGACUGGAGGAGCUGCUGCCAAUACCAGAUUUUAAGCAGACUGCUUCCUGGAUCAGUGCUGCCCCCUCUGUACUUGAGGAGUACAUGCAGUGUGUCUCAAAUGGAGAAGACCUUAAAUUUCUUCUCCAGAGCAAACAGUGCCACGGCAAACUGGCAAAGAGCAGCGUUGCCCCAUUUCAGUCAGAUGAUCUUCUGAUUCCGUCUCUGUCUCUCCCUCCAUCUCUGGAAGUGGCCAUUGCUUCCCACCCUAGCGCUUGUGACGAUGAGAAUAAUGACGUCCCUCAGAUUGUCAUGUUCGAUGAAGAACUGUCCACAAAUCCUUCCACGUCGACCGACUUUCCCGAAUCGCCCAAAAGAACUGACAUCUCUUCAUCUCCCCGCAGGAGGCAGCAGUCAGGAAUUCAUAAAUGUCCUGAGUGUGACAAAUGUUUCAGGCAUCACUCUGUCCUCAUCGAACAUCAAAGAGUCCACAGCGGGCUGCAGCCCUACAACUGCUCAGAGUGUGGGAGGGCUUUCAGAACGGCCACUCUGCUGGCUGGUCAUAGGUUACGGAAAUGCAAAAAUGCUGCAUAUCUGUGUAUUAAAUGUGGCAACAGUUUUCCAACAUCACUGGACAAAUUUAGACACCGUUGUCCGAAACGAGGGCGAAACUACGACUGUGUGCACUGCGGAAAGAUUUUCCCCAAGUCCAGCAGCCUGAAGGAACACCUGCUAACUCACGUUCAAAGCCGCCUUUUCAAGUGCAGCCAUUGUGGAGUAGGUUUUUCAGGAAUUGGUGACCUGAAGUAUCAUCAGCAAGUAGAUCACGAUAAGCCUUAUCAGUGUAAGCAGUGUGGUAAGAGUUUUAUCUCCUCAAAGAGCCUGACCAAACAUCAGCAACGGCAUGACGAGGUUGGCGAAAUGGAGACUGCGAAAUUAAUGAGUGGAGGUAAACAUAGGAAAAGUAGCUCAGGUCACCGGAUUUCCUCCUCCUCCCUGUCCUCCAGGAAAACAUCUGCCAAAUCGGUCUACCCACGAGGAAGAGUCACCCAUAACUGUCCACUGUGUGGAAGAAGCUUCAAGUAUCGCUUCGAGUUUCUGGAGCACCAGAGGUUCCACACGGCCGUGAAGCCGUACAAAUGCUCCCAGUGUGGUAAAGCCUUCCGCACAGAGGCUCACCUGUCUGGGCACAGAAAAAGGAAGUGUAAAAAUGCUGCCCACAUCUGCACCAAGUGUGGAUGUCAGUUCAGGUCCCUGCACGAACGUGUCAGACACCAGUGUGUGCAGCUCCUGACAAAAUACGAGUGUUCUCAUUGCGGAAAGACCUUCAAGAUGGCCCAUCUGCUGAGGAACCAUCAGCUGAGCGAACAUCAGCUUCCCUACAGCCCCAACCAUCGCUUCAGGUGCAGGUACUGUGAUGAGACCUUCCCUGGCAUCAGUGAGCUCAAGUACCACCAGAGGGUUGACCAUGAAAAACCCUAUCAGUGUCAGGAAUGUGGCAAGUGUUUCCUGUCUGAGAAGUGCUUGGCCAACCAUGAGCUGCGCCACAACGACGACAGACCGGAAAGCUGCCUGGUCUGCGGCCGUGGCUUCAGAAACCGUUACGAUUUGAAGCAGCACAUGCGCACUCACACAGGAGAGCGGCCUUACCAGUGCACUCACUGUUCACAGUGUUUCUCUACAGCGGGAGGCCUAAGGAGUCACACCAGGGUUCACACAGGUGAGAAGCCCCACAUUUGCCCAGAUUGUGGGAAGGCUUUCUCCCAGAUGGGCGCAAUGCGCACCCACAGGCUCACCCACACAGGAGAGAGACCGUUCAAGUGCACGGUGUGCGGCAAAGGUUUCACAAUGGCGCACAAAGUUACAGUUCACAUGCGCGUGCACACUGGAGAGCGGCCGUACGUGUGCUCUCAGUGUGGGAAAGCCUUCUCAGAUGGAAGUGUGCUGAAGCAGCACAUGCUGAACCACUCAGGGGUGAGACCGUACCACUGCCAGAUCUGUCCCAAGACUUACACCUGUCUCAACCACCUGAGGAGGCACCUGAAGAGCCACUCCAACAUGAACUGAAUCGGACAUGAAGGCGAACAGGACAGGAGCAGAAGCUAAUAACGUGUUGGCAUAUAAUGAAACUGCACAUGACACAGUUGCUACUAAAAUUUCAACGGACCAAAUAAACCAAGCAAUACCGAAUGUUGUAUGAUGCUUCAGGGUUACUGUCAAAACUAAGGUGAAAAGCUCCAUUUCUUCUUCACUGAGAAGUUAAGAGAUAUUUGUUAUAGACGAUGACAGCCAGCACAAAGAAACAUUUCAGCAACUGCAUUUCUCCCUCAUUUCCCACCAGGCUUUGAGUGUUAUUUUUCAGUUUCUUAUGCAUGAGCGCAUUUGGCUGUUAAGGUGGACAUUAUUAUAUGAAGCGAACAAAGGGAAAUAUUCUUAUAAAAUAUUUACACAACAUGGUUUAUUAGUUUUGCAUUACCAAUAUUUCCUGCUUUUCCUCAGACCCGUAAUGUGAAGGUUGACCUGUAUUGUGAUACAUGAGAGAGCCGCUGGUUUUGGUUACAGCCAUUGGACCUUUAACUGAAGGUUCUCAGACACAUGUGUCGUCACAUUUAGGUAACCAGAGGGGCUAGAUUUAAACCGUCUGUAGCCGAGGCUAGAACAGCUGUGUUGUGGUUGUUUAUAUUCCACAUGCACAAGAUGUGUGUGUUGUACUAAAGCUAGAAUACAACCGAGGCACAGCACAUUAAAUUCCAGUGUGGCUUAUAGACAGUUUUCUGUCCCAUACAGUACAGCUUCGUGUAGCCAUAGCAACAUGGUUUUGACAGUUGAGGUCCAAGUAUCCAUGUUGAGGCACAGCUUUGCCCUUCAGAGCCAGGCAGACAAGCAACAGGUGUUCUCACACCCAGCUGUUGUAUGGUAUAGAAGUCACGAGGAGUAAAUGCAUUGCACAGUGUGAAGUGUUGCAUCUUUUCAUGUUUUUAUAUCAUGAGAUGUACUGGCAGUGUAUUUAACUGAAACAACACGUCACUCUUCAUUUGGGAGACCAGGGAAAUGCAAAAAAUAUUUCAAGGCAAUGGAGUUUUUUCACCUUGACCUUUUGGUGCUCUGUAUUAUCUGAGUGACCCUGUUGUGUGUUCAGAAGCAGUAACAUUGGUGAAAGUCUGUCUUUGGAAGAGGCCUAGAAGUGAAGGAUCAGAAGUGAAAGUUGUGGCUUUUUGUAAAUAUGCUGGGUGACAAAUACUGUGAGUGCUGAUCUUGUUUAUUUCAUCAUGACAUUACUUAUUUCCUUUAGGGCUCUUAUGUCCCGCCAGUGGUUCGUGAGUUUCACAUUAAACUACCUUGGUUACUCUUUGUGCACGUUGACUGGAUUUGUUCUCAGUAACAGUGUUGGCCGUUAAAUCUGCUGAAAGAAUAAAACAAAGAUGUCACUAGAUGGCAGUAAGUGACCAUUGAGCAUU